GAGCUCUGCGGUAAUUCCUAUUUUGAAUUUGAUUAAUAUUGAUUAACAUACAAACUACUCUCACACAGGAAGCAAUGGGAGUCACAGAGCAGCAAUGUGCAAAGCACAAAGCAGUCAAAGUUGGGAGCAGCUGGAAAGGGGAGGUAAACCCCUUCAAAUGCAAAGCAGGUUCACCAGUGGAUGAUCUACAGAUAACCAUUCAGAGGAAGAAAGCCUCAUCUUCCAGAAUCUCAUAAUUUCCAGAAUGAGCUGUGUCAUAAAAAUGGGCAGACUUCAGUUUUGAAUACCUUCUGCAGUUGAGAAAAUGUUUGCUUACUGUCACUUCCCUUGCUCUGUGACUGUCCACUAUUCAUUCUGUGCUGGUAAUGACUUCUAUCCCUCUAUUUUAGCUCUCUAUGCUCUUCACUGAGGAGUGUGAUAAGGUACGGGACCUGAUGCAUGUUCACUCCUUCAGCUACGACUUCCACCUGCGAGUGGUUCACCAGUACUUGGUUGGCUGCCACAUGACUCUUCGCCAGGGCUACCAGCUCACCGACUUCCUCGACGACUUCAUCUCCCAUCACCCAGACAUUCCCAAAUUUGGCCGUAACCAUGUCUUUCAAGGGAGCUUCUCCAUCUCCACAAGGAUGAUAACAGCUCAUCAAUUGUAUAACUACAUCACUGACCAUGCCAGCACCUACAACAUGAAGCCACUUCGCAUGUCCAAGUCUACAGUCACCACUGACAACAAGAAAGGGAUGCCUGAAAUGCAUGAAUAUGCUCUAGUGGCGCUGUGGAACAGUUCGGGCUCCUACAAGGAUUUGGAGGGCCUGCACCACCAUGAUGACUUUGAUGUGUCCCUGGUGGUGUGUCAUAAUGCUGCUCCAUUUGAGGAACAAUCAGACGGGGAGAGGCAUUUGCUGAGGUUGCGGUUUUAUGUGAUCAUGACCAGUCAGAGAGAGCUAUUCCCCCGCCUCACUGCCGACAUGCGGCGUUUCAAGAAACUUCCUCAGAUCCACCGUGACCCUGGUGAAGUGGGAGGCUGGCUCCCCUCAGAUCGAGCAGAGGCCUGUGGGUCACGUAAUGCUGAGCAGGAACUCUGGGAGGAAACUGCAUCUGGAGUUGCAGCAGCCUUGGCCCCUAGUGAUGGCAAUGAGUUUUACCCUCUGGCAGGGGGUGGACCAGAGGCUCAGGGGCUACUUUAUAGCUCUCCUCUGUUCCCUUUGCUCAACAACGAGGUUGCAUCAGCCUGCAGACAGAUCCAGGCCAGUGUGGAGCAGGCGAUGGGCCACUGUCGCAGAGAUAAUCUGUGGAGGAGGCUGUUUCAUGGAGAGCAUCUUGCCCUUGACAAAUUGAAGCUGACCAAGCUGUCAUUCAGCGAGCUGGAGGAGCUGCUGGAGGCUGUACAGAGCCGCUCGGUGGGGGAGAUUGACCCACAGCUGGACUGUUUCCUCACCUUGAGUCCAGCCUGGUAUCAGAGUCUGAUCAAAGUCCUACUGAACCGCUUCCCUCAGAGCUGCAGACACUUUGAUGAUAACGCAAUCCAAUAUCUGGCUGUUCUGAACCAGAAGUUCACCGACUGCUUUGUUUUAGUCUUUCUGGACAGUCAAGCUGGAAAAACAAGUCUAAAGGUUGUGUUUCGGGAACCAUUGCCAUCACAGCCUCAGGCCAGUAGCAGCCUCAUCCUCAGCUGGUGUCCAUGUGGGGCCUCCAUGGACUGGAUUGAGAUCUGGGGAAUGUGGAGGCCAAGUCAUCACCUCAACCUCAUCGUUGUGCUCCUCAAAACCAUUGCUGAACCCUUUGUGCUUUGUGGCAUUAUCCUGCUGAAACAGGCCACGGCCAUCAGGGAAUACCGUUUCCAUGAAAGGGUGUACAUGGUCUGCAACAAUGCUUAG